GUCGGAGGUAGCGUGUCGGCGUGGGCCGCUGUGGUUGUGGGUAUCACGGUUUGCUUCUGUUUGGGUACAAUACUCGAGUACUAGUACGAGUACAGUGCCGGUGAUGUAUCGGGACCUACCUUUAUCUCAUAGCAUGUCCCCCCCUUUUUUGUGGUCCAUGGUGCGCCACGGGCGCAAGGUCCGGCUGAAUUGCCGAUACUACUGUAUCAGCAGGGUGCUGAGACAGCAACCCCAUCAUCGUACGGUGAUUUUUCCGGUCUGGCUUGGAAGGUUGCACCGAAACUGCUGGGCACAAGUUCUCGACUAUCCCCUUGGGAUUCAAGAGCGCGCUAAGCUGUUAGGACACGGUGGAUAUACAAGUAACUGUGUUCUCAUAAGGCAUUCAACCCCAGGGUCGAAAAAGCGUUUUUCGAGUGUCAAAUUCCCGGUGGAUCUGCGGAAUUUUUUGCAAAAGGGGAGCUAUACACACCCAAGCCUUCAACUCGAAAAAACCGUAUAAAUGGUUCUCAGCCCGGGGGGUGAAUGCCUCUGUGCAUACUGCACUCGUCCUACCAACCGGAAUUCCGAGACCACGGUAGCGCGUGGCCUUCCUAUGCGUAAAAGAGAAGGUCCGGAUAGGGUCGCACCCCAUGCUACUGCGGAGAAACUUCGCUAUCAAUAUUCUACUUGUAUGAUACGAGUACAGGUACUUGUAAUCUGGAGCUGCACUGGUGCUACAGUUGGGGACUGCUGCUGGACGACUUUGUGCUACCGUCCUAGGGUUAGGGAUCUGCUUUUUCCUACCAUGAUACCAAUUUCACAGGGUCUCACUCAUUCACCUUUAUUAAUUUUAACACAAUUAGGCCCACGCUUGGUAUCAUACCCGCAUUGGGUUCCCGAGCAGCUAGAUAAAUCUGUUUCCUCACGCUGAGCCGGAAACAUCUUUGUCCGUCAUUUCCGGCGGCUGCUAACUCCUCCACUUCACAAUUCCUAAAUUACAGUACAGCCGCCAGGGGAUCUUAAAAAAGAUAGCCUGUCGUGGGGAACGCGGGGUUCAAUCCGAAUAGCAAUUUGAAAGAUCUACUCGCUUGUAGUCGGAAUAUAUAAGAAUGCUAAGAUUUCAACACAGAUUUCUACACCUAUUCCUUCCUUUCCUUAGCCGACCUUAAGUCUUUCUCUUACCAACUCCAUUCGUUUCUCCUUCCUUCAACAAAAUAAUUGUAAUAACAGAAAAAAUAUGAUUCCGGCAAUCUUUUUCUUAUCCAGUUUCGCCACGGCGGCGCUCGCGGCACCGAAGGUUAUUUGGGAAGGCAGGUUGAAGAUGAAUUUUUCAGCGGCCGAUCUGGAUAAACCCACUACUAGUCCGUAUAAUGCCGAGUUUGUUCUCGGUGCUGGGCAGAAGUGGUCUGAGCAGUUGCUUUUCCCGAGCAUGAGUGUUACGGGGCCUUCUUUGUUCGAUUUGGGGUACCCCGAUUACAGGAAGCCCAUCGAGGUUACGAUUAAUGAUAAAUCAAUCUUUACACCAGGCGGUAACGCGCAAAAAGGCUUCCGUCGCUCUGAACUCCUACCCAGCACCAAUAACGGCACGGAUGCUACGGUCCAGGGGACCACCACGCUCCACUUCUCCGUGAAAGAGGACGUCCACCGUCCAUUGAACUACUCCCACCAAUACGAGAUAGUAUUUAUCGAAACAAACGACUUCAGCAGCCACGUCUGGACAUUAAAGACCGGAACACCAUUCGGUUCCUCCGAGGUCCCAGCGAAGGACGCGAGGACGCUCCGUCUCGGGGGUUCCACCGCUGGUGGGAAAGCCGAGGAAGUACUCUUCUCUGUGCCGUUUGACACCGGGUGCUGGCACAACUUUGCCGUUCAGACAAAUUGGGUUGAUAAUACUAUUUCGGUAUGGCACUCAACCGGCUACGGCCUCCUGAGUGAGGUUGUAAAGACCAGAGCGAAUAACGCCACCGGCAAGGGCCAAGCGCACAUUGGAAUCUUGAAAUUGCCGACUCCACCGGCUACUGAUCUUUCCCAUGAAGGAUAUCAGCCAUCGGACAUCAACGAGGGAUUGAUAUAUGGUGGUCUCUUUGUCGAGGAUUGGAGUCAAAAUGGAGUUUCUCGCACCCCUUGGUAAUAGCGGGUAGCCUGUACACUUUUGGAUGGAGAGAAGGAGGGCAAAUUUUAUUCCGCACGAGCACCUGGUAAACGGUUUACUAUAUUUAGAGUGCUUAAUGGAAGUACACCGCUGGGUGGUGUCGAAUGGAUUGAUUAUGCGAUGAUUUUAUUGUAUCAUAAAGCCUAGAGGCUGGGGAGCACUAAUUGCUUCGCCUUGGAAAUGUCAUACCAACUCUCAUGG